GGAAACUCCGAAAUGGACUCCGAGCAGCGCCGCAAGCGGAAGCGCCUGGGCCGCUCCUACUCUCUGCCGGCCAAGUGCUACUACUUGUCGCGGAGGUCUCUUCUUCUCUGCUUCUCUUUCUUCGUCUUCCUCCUCUUCUUGUCCUCCGGCCGCUUCAGAACGGCGUCGUUCCGCCCCGUCAUCACCGCCUCCUCCACCACUCUCUCUCUCCUCUCCUCCACCGCGCACAACUCCGUUCUCGACUCGUUCGCUCACCGCAACGACGCGCCGCCGGUGAAGGUCCAAGAUCGGGUCUUGUUUCCCGACCACGUCCUCCUCAUCGCCGCCGGCCGGCUCGACGGAGAGCUGGACUGUGUUUACCGGAGAUUCAACGGCUCCGAUGAGGUUGCCUUCGCCGUCAAGCCGGUGCUGUCGACGGAGGCUUACGACGAGGCCCGGUCGAUCGUGCGGUGUCCGCUGCCGUUCGGGAACUACUCCUCCGCCGUCGAUUUGAGGCGGCGAGGCGGAAAACCCGACUGGACGGCGAGGAUUAAUUCGACGGUGGAUGCUGCUUCUCCUUGGGAUAAGGUCGUUUACGAGGCGGUUAUUGAUGACGACACGGCGGUUGUGUUUGUUAAGGGGCUGAAUCUUAGACCGCACAGAAAGUCCGACCCGACCCGACUCACUUGCCAUUUCGAGAUUGGCGGAGGGUUUGAGCUUGCCACGCAAGCAGUUACGGCAGCUCAGGAAGUUGUGAGGUGUUUGUUGCCGAAGAGCAUUAGCAACAACCCGGAUAAGGCUUCGGGUAUUCGGGUCACAAUCGGGUACAACACUGGGCAUCCUAGAGCUCCAAUCCAUGUGACUCUUCCUUCUGUGGCUACAUUACAUAGUCCAAAGCCCAGGUUAGUUAAGGAGAAGAAGCAUGAGCUUUGUGCCUGCACUAUGCUGUGGAACCAAGCCCCUGCGCUCAGUGAGUGGAUCAUGUACCAUGCUUGGCUUGGAGUCGAGAGGUGGUUCAUCUAUGAUAACAACAGUGAUGAUGGGAUUGAGGAAGUUGUUUCGGACCUCGAUUCGCAGGGGUACAAUGUCACUAGGCAGUCCUGGCCAUGGAUCAAGACUCAGGAAGCAGGGUUUUCGCAUUGUGCUUUGAAAGCGAGAGAGGAGUGUACUUGGGUUGGUUUCUUUGAUGUGGAUGAGUUCUUCUACUUCCCUAAGGAGUUCAGGAAACGUGGGAAGACUGGCAUUCCUGGCGAAAACUCCCUUGGGAAGCUGGUUUCGAAUUUUUCAAACUCGCCAACGUUUGCUGAGCUGAGGAUUGAUUGCCAUAGUUUUGGUCCGUCUGGGUUGAGCUCACAUCCAUCACAGGGAGUGACUGCAGGGUACACUUGCCGGUUGCAAAGCCCCGAAAGGCACAAGUCCAUUGUCCGAGCAGACUUGCUUGAUGUUACAUUGCUUAAUGUGGUGCACCAUUUCAGGCUUAGAGAGGGUUUUAGGCACCUGAAUGUGCCGGAAGGCGUUGCAGUGAUAAACCACUACAAGUAUCAGGUUUGGGAGACUUUCAAGGCCAAGUUUUACAGAAGGGUUGCUACAUAUGUUGUAGAUUGGCAGGAAGAUCAAAACCAAGGGUCCAAGGACAGAGCGCCUGGGUUAGGAACAGAGGCCAUUGAACCGCCGAAUUGGAGGUUAAGAUUCUGUGAGGUUUGGGACACUCGCCUUAAAGACUUUGUUUUGACUUACUUUGCUGAUCCUUCAACUGGGUCACUGCCAUGGGAGAGGAGGGCUCAACUUCGGUGACAAAUGCAUAGAAGACUGGGUGCUUUGGCCCUUGUAUAACAACAGAGUACACACACCAGCAGCUAUUCUUUUUCUUCGAUUCUUUUGCCCUUUCGUACCUGAUUUAUUUUUUCUUUCAUACACAUGCAUGGAGAUUAAUUACAGGAUUCUUACACUGUAAAUGUGUGACAAAAUGAAUUGAACUCUUCCUUUCUCAAUUUGUAACCAUGCUUGUAUAGUGUAGGAUAGAUUCAUUUGUUAAUUAAGAGUUAGUUAUAGUUUCUCUUCUCUAUUUCCUUGUGUCACUUUGAUCAUGUAUGUUCUUCAUUGUAGCCGACAUUUAAGUCUGUAUAUUGAGAAACAAAAUUAUAGCAAGU